AUGUCGGCGUCGUCAGAUACAAGGCAUCAGAUUCGCCCAAGUGUGUCAGCACAUGAGUCAGCUGGGAAACCUGCUCUGCUUCCAAAGCCAGUUAUCAAGCCGGUUCCAACAUCCGGCCGCAACACUCCUGAGAACGAGCUAGCUCAAAUACAGGAAGGGGAGACAAACACGCCCACUAAACUGAGUCCAACUGCAGCUCCGUCUACCCCUGCUGCUCCUGCCCUCACUGCUACCACCACUCCUACUCACAUCAGAUAUGCCAUCCGGUUGUCUACUACCACCAAGUCAGUUCCUGAAGCUGGUGAUGAGUCUACUUCAGUCACCUCCGCUUGCUCUGUAACUUUAGUUCCAUCAGUCACUAAAACAACAUCCCCACCUCUGAACUCAAGUGAUACCAUUACAACUCCAGUUACGCCUGACGGACCCAUUAUCACUUCAUCCUCCUCUGCCCUUCCUCCCACCAGCUCCAUCUCUUCCACCACCACCACCACUACAAGCCCAACAUCCACCGACUGCAUGAACUCUGUGACUCCUUCCACCAUUACUCACCCAGGCACUUCUAGCCCCGCAGAUAACUCUGCUCCCUCCACUUCUUCCAGUGAAACAAACCCUACAGACACCACCACCACCACUACCAGUUUAAACCGUGCAGACACCACGUCCACCACCAGUUCAACAGCCGCAACUGCAAUUAGCUCCCCACUCCCGACUGACUCAGACCCACCUUACACUAAUGUCAGUACUGCCCUCACACCGACUAUCUCUGACAUCCCCACUACUGAUAACUCAAGUGCUACAUGUCACCAUUCGACCAGUUCAGCCCCCUCUAAUGAUAGUCCAGGCCAAGAUAACGAUUUACAGACAUCUCCUGAAGAAAGAUCCAGUGUAGAACCUACAGAGAAGAGCACAGCAGAUGGGGAGCUUGAGAUGGUUAAAAAGAGCAACCAAACUGAGAUGGAUGAGAGCCAGAAAGUCAUGGACGGUGGGAAGGAGAGCGAGAGCAAAAAUGAGAAACCGGCUCCGGUCAACAGCGAUGUGAUAAAGGAACAAGCGCAGGAACAAAGUAUGAAACCUGAAGAAGACACAGUGAAAACAGAAGUGGGAAUGGCUGAACCUACAUCAGGGAAAGAUGGUGCGCUGCAUAGCGAGGGCGAUGAGGAGGUGGUAGGAGAUCAAAAACAAGACGAAACCAAGUCAGUGAGUGAGAAGUAAAUCAGAAAUAAAGAAAUUGCUAAAUAUGGGACCAACUACUGUGACAGGGGCAGGAGAGACCACAGU